AUGAAGGAUCGACAGGGCCUCUGCUUCGAACCCAAUCCCUCCACCAGACGGUGGCUUUGUGGAGAGACCAUGACAGAGCUCCAUGACCUCAGAGGUGAUGUUGUUAUGGCCGAAAUAAUGUUUCCAGCCAUCGCAGGUUAUGCACCCACUUUUCGUCUUGGGCUUGAGCUUUUGUCGAGGAGGAAUCAUUGCGAUCAUGAUUACCAUGCACUGUUGCAAGUGUCUAAUAAUUUCAAUUUUGUUCAACUUCGUGGUGAAUGGAUUGGGAUCAAAAAUGUGAGAUCUUUCACGUCGUGCGAUUGGACCUGGUCUAACCAGAUAUAG